GAGGAUAAGAGCACGAAAAGGAUAAGGACAGCCAACUUGAAUAAAAACAUCACACUACGAUUGCACAUCAACAGCAACUCAUAAUUUUGUGGGUAAGCAAUUGAGAGAGAGGUUUUAAGCUAAAUGGGGUCUUUAAUGGCUGGUUGGGACUCUCCUGUCCCGGAUCCUAAAUCAGUGAAAUACAGGAAGAAUUGGUCAUUCACCAAGGAAGAAAUUGAUACUUACUGGAAAUUAAAGAAGAAAAUAGAGGAGGAACAUCUCAGAGCAAUUGCUACUCCAUCAGAAACUAUUAAUAAGGAUGAUGGGUCACACGACGAGGACUACGGAGUAAAGCUUAAGAGAUCAAGUUCAUUGCCGGAGGCCAAGACAAAGCAGAGCCUGAUGGACAUGGAAACUGAUACAAACUUGGAGGAACUCAUAAAGAAGAGUGGAUGGUGGACGAGGAGCAACUGGGCGUUUCUAAACGAACCACCUGUGCUGGACCGCGCUUCCAACACCUACGUUGCGCAGUACCACAUUGCGAAACUUGCAACUUCAAAAGCUAAUAAUACUGGGAUUAGUGCUUAGCUCUGUGCCUCUGAUUUCUAUGCUAUUAUGUACAUAAGUGUGAUUUAAUUGCAACUAUAAGAACCAUGUAUAGAUUUAGAUUGAAGGUACAAUAUAUAUAUAUGGAUGUGUAAUGGGUGGGAUUUUUCUAUGUGCUCAGUCCUGAUGAUCUGUGCAAAAUGUGACCGUUGAUUGUAGAAUUACCGAAAUUGUAUUAGUAUGUUGGGUUGAGAACUCUUACCUGAAAUUGUGUUAUUGAUGAGGAUUGCACGGCAGCUUCUUUUCUUUUUGUUA